AUGGCGGGCUCCACGCUGGCGGCGGAGUGCGCGGCCCGGAGCUGGGGGAGCCGGCAGCGGCCUAUGGCUGUUGUCGCCGCUUCCUUGGCGCUGCUCAGCUGGCUCCGCACAGCGCACGGCGGCAGCGACGGGGGGGGUUCAUUAAAUGACGACUUGUUAUUGCCAUAUCCUCCGUCCUACUACGGUCCUCAUCACCAUCACAGGUACGUCAGAGACUGUCAAGCUGUCGUGCAUGGCAAUGUAACUCAUGAAACUUGGCCCAGCGACACUAGCACCAAACUUCCUGUGACUACGACAAAAGGAUUCGUGUCUUACUUCCCGCCAGAGGGCGAGACACAAAGGGAAGUCUAUGGCCACUUUACUUUUGUGAACAACCCCCUGAGAACCUUCUCUGUGUUAGAGCCUGGCGGCUUGGGAGGUUGCAAUUCAAGCCGCCAGGCCACUGUGAUAGAAACUGCAAGACGUGGCAAGUGCCUAGUGGCCCAAAAUGGUGGCUACUUUGACAUGGUCACCGGAGAAUGCCUCGGGAACAUUGUGAGCAAUGGAAGGCUGGUGAGAAAUGCCAGAGGCAUGCAGAAUGCGCAGUUUGGGAUCAGGAAGGAUGGCACCAUGGUGUUUGGGUACCUGUCGGAGGAGGAUGUUUUGGAUCAAGUCAACCCAUUUGUGCAGCUGGUAAGUGGCGUAGUCUGGCUUCUGAGAGAUGGAGAAGUGUAUGUCGCUGAGAGUAAGACAGCGGAGUGUGACAAGACUCAAACCACAGGGUCCUUUGACAAGUUCAUCAAUGUGAUAUCUGCCAGGACGGCAGUGGGACAUGACAGGCUCGGGCGACUGAUCUUGGUUCAUAUGGAUGGACAGACUGAUGUGAGAGGCCUCAAUCUCUGGGAAAUGGCCAACUUCCUAAAGCAGCAGGGUGUCGUGAAUGCUAUCAAUCUGGAUGGUGGAGGUUCAGCCACUCUGGUUUUAAAUGGAACCCUAGCAAGUUACCCAUCGGAUCACUGCAAGUCCGACGCCAUGUGGCGUUGCCCUCGGAGCGUCUCGACAGUCAUGUGUAUCCACGAGCCUGCUUGCGAGCCUCCAGACUGCAGCGGGCAUGGGCACUGCGUGCUGGGAGAGUGCCAGUGCACUGGGGACUUCUGGAGAGGACCAGAUUGCAGCGUCCUGGACUGCGGGCCUUCCAACUGCAGCCAGCAUGGCAUCUGCACUGAGUCUGGGUGCCUCUGUGAUGCUGGCUGGAUAGGCAGCAAUUGCAGUGAAGCAUGUGCUAGCGGCUCCUAUGGGGAUGGCUGCACCCAGAAAUGCCUCUGUCAGAACGAUGGAGCAUGUGACCCUGUGCAUGGAUCCUGCACCUGCCCGGCUGGAUACCAAGGAGCCAUCUGUCAGCAAGAGUGCCCCAUAGGCUGGUAUGGGCCAAACUGCCAGCAGCUCUGUGACUGCGAGCAUGGCUGUCCUUGUGACCAGGAGACGGGCAGCUGUAAUAUCACCUAUGAGGACAGCCUGCAGGACAAGUUAUCCAGAGCUGGCCACUGUCUGGCUUUCUACAUGCUUCAGGAAGAGAGUGACAAGAAACCCCUUCUCACAGAGAGAACCUGGAUCUGCUUCACCUCAGUCUUGGGGCUGCUGCUUUUGAUCAGUGUGGUAGGAAACCUGAGGCUAGUUCUCAGGAGCCGGGCAGCAGAGCGCUGUGAACAUGGUGACUACAUGUACCAUCCACUAAAGGAGAUGAAUGGAGAAGCCAGUCAUACAUGCCCUUCUGCCUCUUUGGAGCAGUACCAGACAGAAGACACUCAAGAUCAAAGCCAGACAGAGACUGAAGCACUCAUUUAACUUUACAGGUGAGGAAAGACUUGAGAGAUUCUCCCCAGCUGUGGUACUGGCUUUCAGCACCGAGGACCUACCAAGGGCUGCUUCAUCCUGGAAUGAGAAGCUAGUAACUUGCACAGAACAGCAGCAAGAAGGGGCACAAGGUUGUAGUCACAAAACAUGUGACUAUGGGCUCAAGCCAGCAGCUGCCUCUGUUCUUGCCACUCCUCAAUCAGAAGUCUCUCAGUUCCCUUCAUGGGCCUGGUGCUCAGGAGAGAGAGGGGACAUGGGAAGCCCUGUGCAACAGCAGCAACUGCUGCUCUACCAUGGAGAAUAGGGGCCUGUAAUAACUGUGAGGGUUGGUCAGUAUUCACUGCAUUAGUUGCACGUGGAUAAGGAAUUCCCUGCCCAGCAAACUGAGCCUGAUUAAUUAAUGACAAUGAGAAAAAAACUAAAGGUCAGUGGAAGUGCAACAUGCAGUAGCACAUGGCUUCUCUCGCUUUGGGCCAGUUCUCCCACCGCGGCACAUUCCAUAGUUGAGCAGUGUGGCUAGAACAUGGUCACAUCUGGCUUGUUUCACUGAAGCUGUGUUUCUUGCAAUUUGGGCUGGAAGGCAUUUCUUUCACUAGGGGUAGAACUUGUCUGCCACAAGCUGGUUGUUCUGGUUGGCUGCCAUAGUGAGGGAUGUAUUACGUUUUUGAUAGAGUCAUAAACAGUGUCACGUGAAAAGCCUUUUGUGUCAGCUCCCAAAAGUCUCACUCCUUCAGGGCAUGUAACUCCCCCUCUUCACUGUAAAGGGGGCAGGUUGUUGCACUGUGACCAGAGCUGAUACUGCUCUGGGGAUUUUAAGUGAUUCUGCUCCCCUCAUUAAAAAAGGUCAGUUUAGCUGGGCUCAUUCUCUGAACCUGGUCCUGUGCUGUCCCUGGGGCAACGAAGAGUAACUCACCUCGAAGGAAAAGCCUCAAGGCAACAGCACACAGGCUACAUCAAGGUGGAACACUUGAGUUAAAUCGUAUGCUAAUUGUGCCAGGGGUGGCAUCUAACUUCUUUAUUCCCAACCAUGUUCCAACAUGGUAGGUGCUGAAGGCUUCAGUCACUGCUGUAAAAAUUGCAUUUGCCCUCUGAGUGCAGAAAGUUGCUUAAUAGAGAGGACUGAGGUUCAGUAGAUUUUAAAGUUGUCAAAGCUAGUAAACCUAUUGGGUGGAGGUUGAUGAUUUUUCUUGGCCAAUGAGUCGUUGUAGACUAAAAGGGCUUUUUAGAAACAUGUUCAUUGAGGCAAGUAAUUAGCCUCCAAUGUGCCACUGACUGCUCCAAGGUGGGCUUAAAGCACCUUGAAUAUGCACUUAGAUCUUUUUUACUGUGACUCUCCACAUAAACAGAGCUCGUGGAGUUUUUAUGCCAUAUUUGAAGAAUCAGAUCAGUCUGUACAUUUUAAGAAUUGAUUUGCUAUUGGUUACUUAACACUUGAAUAAACUCAAUUAGUAAGUGA